CACCCACCAAAACAGAGCGCAGAACUUUGAAAAAGCACAGCUCAACUCCAAGCACUCUGAAAUUGGUGGGAAAUGCAAACCCUAACGCCAAUACGACCUCGUUUUGCAAGGCUGUGGAGCUUGAAUCCUUCGUCGCUCUCUCUCAGAACCUUGAGCCCUCAAGCAUUCUCUUCUUCUUCUUCUUCUUCAGAUUACUCCAACCAGUCCCGCGGUGGCCUCCCUCGCUUCUUCUCCGAGCUUCUCCCUACUUCCAAGGGAGGCAUAGUUCGCGUACAAGGCGAUGAGUUCUGGCACAUGACCAGAGUUUUAAGAUUGCGCACAAACGAUAGGGUACAGCUCUUCAAUGGGAAAGGAGGUUUGAUACAAGGUUUAAUACAGAGCAUCGACCGCUCUGGACUUGAUUUUGUGGCAUUGGAAGAUCCAAAGUCAGUUCUUCCACAGAGCACACAAUGGCAUGUAUUUGCAGCUUUUGGUACUUUAAAGGGUGGUCGAGCUGAUUGGCUUGUUGAGAAAUGCACGGAGCUCGGGGCUAGUAGUUUAACUCCUCUGCUGACAGAACGGUCUCCUACUGUCUCAGAAAAUCGACUGGACAGGUUGCAGCGUGUCAAUGUGGCAGCAGCUAAACAAUGUCAACGGCUGCAUGAAAUGAUCUUGAAUCCUCCAAAGAAUAUUAAUGGUCUUUUACCUCUUGUUGCCGAGUCAAAGCUAGCUUUUUUGGCAGUUGCAGAAGGUACCCCUCUUGUUAGUGCAUUAACUUCGUCAGGAACGGAGUCCGGUGGGUUGAUUGUGGUUGGACCUGAAGGUGACUUCACUGAGAAAGAGGUGAAUGAAUUAAUGCAAGCUGGUGCUAUCUCUGUUGGUCUUGGCCCACAUCGAUUACGGGUUGAAACUGCAACUGUGGCUCUUCUGGCAACUCUCAUGUUGUGGUCUGAUUCUCAAAAAACAUGCGAUACUUGAUCUCACUCUCAAGGCAAGUGUUCUUUAGUCAUCUCUUGGAUAAGUUUGAACUACAUUACUUUUUGUGUACCACUUACUUUUGGUCAAUUGUAGAUGACUGUUUGUUUCACCCAUGCUGUUGUUGUUGGCCAUAUGAAGGUUAAUUUUAACGAGAGAUUUGAGCACUGUAAUUUAAGCCAAUUUCUAGAGCACAAUCACCAUGUUACAGAGUUCUCUCAAAUUAAACCUUUUUACAGAGCACUGUAAUUUUA